AUGUUUGAACCAUUUAACAUGAAAAAGAAUUACACAAUACAGACUCCGGCGCUUAUGCAAGGAAGGUCUUCAACUACCGCAACGACUGAAGAUGCUAAGGGGGUUGAUUAUACGCAAUUAACAGAUGCAAUGGCUUAUACGGGGGUAGAUUUGCAGGAAGAAAGCGAGUACCUGCAGAAAGAAGCCCUACAAUCUCCUGGUGUUGGCGCUUUUGGGAUGGAUACCGAUCGUUCCAAAUUUCAGAGAUUUAUGAAUCCGAGGAUAUUACAGACUCGGGUUAAUUCAAUAGCUCAGAAGCAUAAUUUAGCUGUUCACCCAGAUGUAUAUCAAUGUCUAGCUCUUGCGGCCGAAGAACGGACAAGAGUCCUACUCGAACAAAUGUGGAAAGCCAAAAAUCAUCGGACGCGCUCAGAUCAUUUACAUGAGCCCCCUCUUUCCGCCAAUAAUAAACCUUUAUAUAAGGAGAUCAUCACUCAGGAUAAAUCUGAAGUAACUACUGAACAACAGAAACAGAAGCUAAGAGAGGUUCCAAAGCUCUCACAAGCACCCAAAAAACAAAAAAAAAGGGCCACCGCAAAAGAAACCAUAAAAAAAGUCACCUCAGAAGCGCAAAAGUCGAAAAUAAGUACUAAUGAGACAGCUCUGAAAGCUGCUGGUGGAUUAACAAAAAGCUGGAUGAUAACGACGCCUGUUGAAUCAACACCACCAUUGCUACCACCAUCUUCUGUAUCAUUAACAUCGUCUAAUGGGGUUGAUGGCCGAGGUGUAGUACGUGGUCGAGGUCGCACUGCUUCUAUAAGUCAGCCAGCUAAAACUGUCUCUUCUACAAUAACAACAACAGCAUCAUCGUCGUCACCAUCAGCAUUUGAAAUUGCAUCAACAACGAUGAUAUCAGGAGAAAUUAACAUAUCAUCGCCGCCUCCUUUACAUGCUGUUAAUCAAAAUACAAUGAUUACAGCGAUGGAUGCGCUACAAGUAUUAGAAAAUGAUCGUAGCGUGGGAUCUGGCGGAAUUAAUCAAAAGAUCAUAAUGAGAGGGUAUGCGAAAUAUUUACGCUAA